ACUAGAUCUAAUAUUAUUAAAUUAUAUCAGUUAAUUUCAGAAUAUCUAACUAAUUCAAAUUCUAAAUAUCUUAGAACUAUAAAUUAUUUAAUCUUUUAUUUAAAAGAAAUAAAGAACUUGGCUAUUAAAUUUAAUUCUAGCCCUAUUUUAUUUUAUAUAGCCAGUAAUACUAGUUUUGCUGAUAAUUAA